AGCCGCGCCAGCGCAGAGCGAGCGCGAGCCUCGUCCCCCCCCCCCUCUCUCUCUCUCCUCCCCCUCGGAUCUGCCUGCCCUCUGCCCCCACCGUUUCAAACCUCCAUUCCCCCAGGCGCACGAACCGAGAGGGUCAGGAGGCGAGGAUCGGAGGGGAGAUUUUCGUUCGUUCCAGAUUCGGGACGUGAGGGGAGGCGGGAGGGGGAGAUCAUGGCGCACCGGGUGGACAACGAGUACGACUACCUGUUCAAGAUCGUCCUCAUCGGCGAUUCCGGCGUCGGCAAGUCCAACAUCCUCUCCCGCUUCACCCGCAACGAGUUCUUCCUCGAGUCCAAGUCCACCAUCGGCGUCGAGUUCGCCACCCGCACCCUGCAGAUAGAAGGGAAGACUAUCAAGGCUCAGAUAUGGGACACGGCAGGUCAAGAGAGAUACCGUGCAAUCACGAGUGCUUAUUACAGGGGUGCAGUUGGAGCACUUCUUGUAUUCGACAUAACAAAGAGGCAAACCUUCGACAAUGUUCAGAGGUGGCUGCGGGAGCUCCGGGACCAUGCAGACGCCAACAUUGUUGUCAUGAUGGUCGGAAACAAGUCUGACUUAAACCAUCUACGAUCAGUCCCCGAGGAAGAUGGCCAUGCGUUCUCUGAGAAAGAAGGUCUCUCCUUCCUUGAGACGUCUGCUCUGGAAGCGAUUAAUGUGGAGAAAGCAUUCCAUACUGUAUUGAGUGAAAUUCACCAGAUUGUAAGCAAGAAAGCACUUGCAGCUCAGGAAUCCGCGUCUACAAAUGGGCGUUCCAUGCAAGGAACUACGAUCAACGUUGCUGAAGCUCCAGCCGCCACAAAAGGUUCUUGCUGUUCUAGUUAAAAAAGACUUUUCUAAAGGAAAAGAUCUUUCGAAGCGUUUGUUUUUGCAGAACUGCAGAACCAAAUAGGCUAAUACUGGUUUCACAUAAUCUGUCUUCUCAUACCGAAGCCCAUGACUGGUACUCCUUAUCACAAGGAACAUUUCUACCGUACACUAUAACCUGCCUGAAUCAAAACAUUUCCAUUUUGUAUUUAUGAAUUAACUUACCAUGGCAUCCGCUUGUAUACUUUGGGGGAAUUGAAGAGCAUUGUACUAUGUAACACUGAUUCUUUCCUAGUAACAAAAUAUUCUUUCCAGCACAA